AGUCCACCUGAUGGUAAUUGGAUGCUGUGGCCUAUAGACGUAUAUUUAUCCUCAAUUAAGAAUCAAAAUGCAGAUACGUUGUCAACCCUGAGGACUGAGAUGUUGCGACCUUGUUUACAGUAAAAAGUUUCUACUAUUAUUCUACUAUUAUUGUGUAUUCUGUAUUACGCUGGUAUUCUGUGAGAGCGCGUUCCUACCUCGGUUGAGCCGACCUUUUCGUGCUGCAACUAUAAUGUAGCUGCAGCGUGGCUCUACCACGUAUAAAAUUAUUUCGGAUUUCAGUACUGUGAUCUGUGAGUAUUUCAUUACUAUACUCCUUGGUCCACCACCGACCCACGUUCGCGAACCCAGUUCAUUCAGUUUCGAUCGAACACAAAUAAAUACUUCAUUUCACUGCUUAUUCAUAUAUUGCAUAGUGUCCUGAACUUUACUGUGUGUACUUAAAUGCUUUAAUAUUUUGAAUAAUAUUUAUUAUUUAAUUAAUGAAGCGCUUUGGUAUCUCAUGUACAUACAUGUGCUAGAUAAAAAGUAAUUUACACUUGUACGAGUAAGUUGUUUCCACGACUAUAUCAAACUCAAACUUACACAACAAGUGUUUCUGGAUUAUAAUACUAGUAUAGAUUAGUCGAAUCGAUUAUCACAAUUGUUUUGAAAUUAUGUACCUACCUACUAAGUAGAAAAUAGCCUACUCGCGAAAUACUUUUACAUCAACAAUCCGUUCAUAUCAUAUCAUAUCGUAUCAUAGUUCACAGGUUACUUAUAUAGCUUCUGUCAAUCGUUUGUACCGGACCGUUAAAAAUCAUCAAUACUUUUACCCGGAUCAAAUUAUCGAAGCAUUCACGACUGACACAUGCCACCGCAACGCACCACGACGCACCAUGUCGCAUAGCUGCCAGCAUCACUUACAUCUCAAAUAACUAAAGCGACAUCGAGGACUACCAAAUGACUUUUCUUUAGAAUUUGAAAAACUAAUUGUAAUUGAAACUUAUUUAACAAUUUUCCUCUUCACAAUUCUUUUAAAAUUACAACUUUCACGUGUUUAGCUAGCGGUUUACAUAUAUUAUAAUAUACAUUUUUAUGGUUCUUUAAUUGUUAGUGACCGCAUAGCGGAAUAAUGAUUUACCAGUAUACACAUCAGGUAUUAAAUACACGAACUACUUUUUUUAUUAUUAGCGCUGUAGGGCUAAUAAUAAGUUCAGUCAUGGCAUCUGCGAAACGAAACGAAAAACUGAACUAAAAAAUACUUAUUUUACUGUCGGACGUAAUUUACUGUCUAUUAUUUAUUUAUUUAUAUUUUGUGGAAGGGUCUGAGCGGAAAGAGAACUGUUGUGACAGAAAAGUGAAAUCACAUUUAGAUUUUAAAUAAUCUAAAAUACUUAGAUUUAGAUUUUAUACGUGAUAGAGCCUUGCUGCAGCUAUAUUAAUAGUAUAGUUGUAGCACGAAUGGGUGGGCUCGACCGGGGAAGGAUCACACUCUCACAGAAUACCAGCGUAAAAUAGCAGCUUAAUGCUGCUGUGUUUCGUAUGGUGAGUGUAGAGAACCGGAGACCCUUUUUACUGGAAAAGAGGAAUUUCAUUUUAGUCCUCACGGCUGACAACGCAUGUGCAUUUUAAUUCGUAAACGAAGAUAGAUGUAGAUGUCUACGGGCCAGAGCAUCCACUUACCAUCAGGUGGACUGUGUGCUCGUUUGUCACCCUUAUUAUAUAAAAAAAAGAUUAAAAUCUAUGGCGAAAAACAACUACAAUACAGUUAAAUCAUAGGGUUCCUUAGGGUUCCUUCACAAGGAACCCUUAAAGUCUCGCCAUGUCCAUCCGUCCGUGAAUCACUUCGGCUGUCCGCGGUUUUGCUCAGAGACCCGAGUUACAGACCUGCAAAGAAAAUGGCGAAAUUUGCGCGACACGUUCAAACGACAAAUAGCGAUCGAAAAACAGAUACGUGAAGGGAAAAAUAUUAAAAAAAAGACGUAUGUUUACUUCAAGUACAUGCUUUUCCUGUUACCGCACAUUCAGGCGGCGGAGGAGGAAGAAAAGGACGAGACUGUGUCGCCCCUUCUCGAUGAAUACUUAAGUCGCAAGCGAAGCGUCCAUCCGUCAACGAAGGCGCGCCGGCAAGUCAUGCGGCGGCGCGCCAACGAAGAGUUGGCAAUAGCAGAGGUGGCACCGCGCGCCUCGCUCCAGACACGUCACAUCAUCGAUGAAGAUGAGCACUUUCUCAUGUCACUUAUACCCUCCUUCAAGAAGAUGACGGAUGACGAAAAGCUUACCACCAAAGUGGAGAUAUUAAAAGUGAUAAAGCAAGUGAGACGUAGAUCGGUGCGCCGCGGAUCAGAGCGACGCGCACGAGCGUCCCCCCCGGCCGACGUCCUCAAUAUCGACGACAUCCAGCCCAACUUUAAGGAAGAGUUGAUUCACGUAGUAGCGGACGAGUUGUUGCAGUCUGGCGACGAGUGUGAUAAUGUAAUGAAAUGUGAAGAUAGCGAAGAAAGUUCUGAAUAGUUUUAACAAUAAGCUCAAUCUUAGGACUGAUAUCAAAUUUAAAGGUAGUGAUUUUAUAUUUUGCUAUAUUUUUAUUGUAAAUAAUGUAAAUUUUGUAUAAUAAUUGUUUGUUUAAUACAUGAUGACUACUCCU